AUGGACCGUCUUAAGAAAGGGGCAUGGACCAAAGAAGAAGACGAGAUUCUCACCAAGCAUAUCAAUGAGCAUGGUGUAAUCAACUGGCAAUCUAUUCCUGGAGCUGCUGGUCUGUUGAGAUGCGGCAAAAGCUGCCGGCUUCGAUGGAACAACUACCUUAGGCCUGAUCUCAAGAGAGGAAAUUUCACCGGGGAAGAAACUGCAGCCAUCAUCGACCUCCAUCAUGUUCGGGUUGGUUUCGGGGCUGUUCCGUUUGAAAUCGGGGGCUGCCGGAUACCGGCGAGGUUGUUUCGAGCUCAGUCGGGGCUGCUGGAUACCGAUUCGGGGCUAUCCGAACAGCAAGCAUACGACGGAGGGUGUGCAGAGGCGGUGCGUCAGAACAGCAGCGGCGUUGCUCUCCCAGCAACGCCGACGGAGUUCGCGAGGCAGCAAGAUGAUGGCGGCGGUUGGAGCCCUAGGCUCGGCAACGGACCUGGGUCGCACAACAGCCAGCGAUCAGGGCACCGGCACGAGAACAGGCGGCGUGAGGCGGAGAGAGAGCUAGGGCUAUUGAAUUGGAGAAGAUCGUUUUAG